AUGUGACAUUUCUUCUGUAAUACAUACUUAAUUCUUUGAAAUUUGUUCACGUUAUUUUUUUAAGAUAAUUUUGACGAGAGUAUAUCGAAAGUUGCGCACAUUUUUCCAGCUCUUAUUCUCUUAUAUGACAGGGUUAGAUUAGGUUAGGUCAGUGUUAGGUUAGAAUUGGUUAAAUUUCUACACUUCUACAGAUUUUUCAUCGUGAAAAUCUUGCAUGUGUUCUUUGCGGAUGUGGAAGUGAAAUUGAUGGAAGGAAGGAAUUGUGUGUAGGUGUGCGAUAAAUUGAGACAUUUGUUAAUUUAAUUAUUUCGAAAUCAGAAAGAAUAAUGACAAAUGCAAUUGACAUUUUUCCAUUUUUGAGAUUUGUCAUCUAUUUACGUAGUUAAUUAUCAUGUUUAUGUAUCUGUUUAUAUAUUUGAAUAUUUUAUCAAAAGUUAUACCGAAUGAAUAACAACGUUUUUAACAAAUUUCCGAAGAAAUAUUUUAUUAUUCUGCAUCUGAAUUGUUAGUUCUAGACAGUUCUAUAUGAAAUUGUACGAAUAUUCAUAAUGAAUACAAUGGCAGAGGAUGGUUUUUCAGAUGAAGAUGAUUUAUAUACAAAUUUUGCUGAUCGUUUAAAAGCAUUAAAAAAACAACGCUUUAAAGUAUUGAAAUCUUCUGCAGGGAAUUCAACUCCUAUUGAUAUUGAACAACAAAACAAUAAUGAAGAAGAAACUAUUAUAGAAAUAAAUGAUAAAAUAACUUACGAUGAUGAUAUACAAACACAAAGGAGGACGGUAAGACGUAGAAGAAAUAAAGGUAUUACUACUCGUGCUACUGUUAGGCAAAAAAGGGGAAGGCAUCCAUCAGUUGAUGAUCUAGAACAUGUUGUGAAAAUCGUUUUACUGGAAGAGAAAUCUGAAUCAGUUCCCGAAACCUGUAAUAAUGAUUUAAUUGCACUGUCAGAUAAUGAAGAAGUUUCCAUUAUAGAUGACAAUUAUGAGAUAACUAUUAAAGUGUUUUGGAGGUCAAACAGAAUUGAUCGUUUAAAUAUGUAUAAACAUGACAAUUUCGAAAAAAUUUUUCAAUAUUAUGCCGAUUUGGAGAAAGUUUCUGUGAAUGAAAUCCUAAUAAUGAAGAAGGAUAAAAUCAUUAAUCGUAGUGAUACUCCAGCAUCAUUAAAACUUUCAGUUAUAGAUAUACUUGAUGGUGGGAUAGUGCAUCCAGGUAUGAACGCAUUAUCAGAAGAUGUGAACAACGAUGACGACGAAAAUACAUGUACUAUUAAAGUACAAACUGCCAAUAAGAAGCAAUCGUUGACUAUUAUGCUUAAAAGGAAUCAACAAUUUAAGAUACUAUUUGUUAAUUGUGCUGAGCAACUUGGUGUAAAAGAGAAUAAGUUAAAGUUUUAUUUCGACGGAGAACAGAUAGGUCCAACCGAGACUCCGGAAUUAUUAGAUCUCGAGGGAGAAGCAUGUAUUGAUCUUCAUAUAUCUACAUAAUAUGUAAUAAAACAGUCGUAAAGCAAA